UACAAAUAUCGGAAAAAGAACCAACGAAGCCAAAAUGCAAAGUAAACGAGAAAGGUAAAGAUGAGUAUACGAGAGGAGGGAGAGCGAUGAGACAGUCAUAGGGAAGGGGGAAAGAGAGAAAAAGAGAGUAAGCAAGCCAGCGUGCGAGUGAACAAACGGAAGAGAAAAAGAGAUAAAAAGAUAGUGCAACAGAGAAUGGGAAUGGAUGCGAUGCGAUGGCGGCGAGUAUGGCAGGGGUAAGUCUCGCUAGGCGGGUAACUACUACCGCAGGCAGCAUUGGCAGGGUAGCCGUCACAAAAUCGAUCACGAGCAACGCUAAACUCGGCUACGGCGGAAAGUUGCUUGACGAAUGAAUGCACGGAAUCAAUGUAUGGUAACAAAGACGCGAGAGUAGGAACGGUGCCGAUUCGAUGACAUGUAUUAUCUCGUGAGUGCGUUGCUUAUCAUCGUUGGUAUACUGGGGAAUCAUCCCCUUCUUGCAAACACAGACGCGAAGGCAAAUUUGAUCAGCGUGGCAAAGUGUUGUGAGCACAACGAGCUUCUUGUAGACGACACGUGCACGCCAUUGACGGAAACGAACGAGACGGAGUGGAGACCGGAAUUUAUCGAGGAGAAGGUCAAUGGUAUAUCAAGAAGCAAACCGGUUAAACCGAAUUAUCAACUGAAGAUUGGAAGACCUAAGUGUCAACCCAACGAGCACCAAUGGAACGUAUAUCAUUAUCGAUCAGGCGAGGAUCGGCUCGCGAUACUGACAACUGGCGUGUUGCGACACUACACCACCGAUUUGACAAAGGGAAAGCAAAACGAAUAUAAUGGUGCAUUUGGAUUCGACAAUGCAGAUUCAAUGGACGAAGAUGAUCUCGAGACGGUUUCUAUUCAUUAUGAUUAUCCGUUCGGACAUUAUUGCGCUGACAAAGCAAUUUUGAGCAGAGAUCGACUGGUAGCGAUGUACGCGAUGAUUUGCGUACCCGACGUAGUCGUUACAUGGUCCGAUACAAAUUAUUUGAUGAAACAUGCCAUUGAUCCCACCUUUCAUGCUAUAUCAAUAGCUAGUUAUCUGGUUGUCGCGGUUGUCUAUUUUGUUCUACCACAACUACGUGAUCUUGUGGGAAACAUGAUAACUAGUAUGACUCUGUGCCUUAUAGCUGGGCAAUCUGCGUCUACCGUCAGGAUUUUCACGGAAUUCGGCAACCACAUCAGUUUUAUGAUUGCCGAUACCGUCAUGUAUGUCUCCUUGCUAGCUGCAUUUUUCUGGUUGAACGCUUUGGGUUACUACGUAUGGAGCACUUUCCGUUCGCGAAACGUAUUUUUAAGAGUAACUGACGGCAGAAAGUACUGUUACUAUUCUACGUAUGUUUGGGGUUCGACGGUUUGCAUAGCAGGCACUGCGAUUUUUGCACACUUUGCCUUAGAAACUAAUAAACCUGUUGUUGGCGGAAAGAUAUAUCCACCUCAAGAAACAAUUGGUUGGCUCGGUAUUUCUGUAUUAUUUACAUCGAUCGCAUUUACGAUAAUGAUUGAUUUAUCUUUCAUAUUAACAACCAUGAACAGGAUUAAAAGAAUGAGCACAUACGGUCGAAUUCAUCAUAAAAUGAAAUACAGCUUUAGAAUGUUCGUUUUCCUGUUUGCGAUAAUGAGUAUCGGUUGGCUAUCAUUCCUAUUAUCACGACUGAAUUACGAAGCCUUAGAAUAUUGUCAUAUCGUUAUUAAUUUGCUACAGGCAAUUUUAAUACUAUACGUUUGCGUAUUUGGACAGAGAAGAGUUACAUUCUUACUUGGUAAAACAUGCAACUGCUGUAAUUCAGGCGAAAAUAUCGAGGGCCUUGAUUGGGGCGAAGAAAUGACUGCCAUUAACGCAGGAUAUUAAACAAUUUUUAAAUCGUAUAAUCGAUUAUGGAAUUCGAUCUCAAAUGAAAUAAUUUUGUUCUAUGAAAGCAUUAUAUUUUGCACAUUUGAUUGAACAUAUCAAGUGAAAAGCAUAUUUAGCAAUGAUAGUCUAUAUCACAAACCAGUGCUCGACAAGGAAUAUAUCAUAUUAGUUAAUAUUAACAAAUACAUGUUUUAUUAAGGCAGGAACAUAACAUCCAUAAAUAGUAAGCUAAGGCAUUGUAUAUAGUGGUAUUUAAUUGAAAGAAUUUUUAAAAUCAACAAAAUUAUAUUAUUCUGGGAGAAUAUAAUAUUUAUAUGUAUCAUUUUUGAUAGAUUCAUUGCUUUUUACAUACAAACUUAGAUAUAUCUAUACUAAAUAUGUAUUUAUCUAUUUGAAUAAUUUGGAAUUUAUAAUCAUAAGUGCCUUGAAACAAAAUUUCUUAUGCCUUACGAAAAUGUGCACUUAUCUGUAUAAAAUAUAACAUUAAUCGCAAAAUAUAUAAACAUCCAUAAACAUUAUCAUUGCAUCUAUCAUUUCUUAUAAAAAUAUCUUCUAAGAAAUUUUUUACUUUUAAGAUAUUCAUAUAAUAUUUAUAUUUGUACAAACAUAUGACUUUUGUAAAUGGUGUAUCAUUUUUAUAAAAUCAAUUUCAAUAUAUCCUUUUAUACUAGAUAUUUCUAUUUAUUUGAAAAACUUGAGAAAUAAAACUUACCUGGCCAAACAAUUCACCUUCUGGACGAUGUAAUAAAUUGGAUAGCUGACAUCUCACUACCAAAUGACAAUCAUCCAUAACAGUAUUGAAGAAACGUCUAGUUGGUAAUAGAGCUUCUAAAUCUAUUACUAACUCAAGAAACCUUUCACAAUAUCGUACCUUAUCUGGUAAGAGUGGCCCUAUUGAGAAGUAAAUACCAAAUUAUAAUAUUGUACCGUAAAAAUAUUUUCGUACAAUAUAAAACAGAUUAGAUUUUUA